AUCCUUAAUUCUAUGAUAUUCUUUUUCUAUUUAAAACAAUGUCCGAGUGCAAUACCUCCAGGUACAAAUUCCGGCGGUUCCCAAAAAUACGACUUUCGAAUUUUAAAAAUUAGCUUCCUUAAAGAUGUGAUCCAACUUCCUAAUCGUAAAUCUUCUGAUGAUAUCAAUGCCAACAUUAAUUCACCUACAAAUUCUUCCAACAACACACAAACAAAUGGACAAAGUAGUACGAACAGUAGUAUUUUUUCUACAGUCAUUCCUUCGGUGGGUUAUGUACAAAUGGAUAGGCUUCAAGCUAAAGAAUUACAGUCUGUCAAGGAUACACAAGCUAACUUGGCAAGAAUUGGUGUAGGCGUGACACAAGAGGCUCAGGAUAUUUUCGAUGCAUUGAGUAAGACAUUACCAUGUAGGUGGCAUAAAGAAUCAAUCAUAGUUCUAGAUGAGGUUAUGAUCAAUCCUCCAUAUGAUAUAGAAAAUUGUAAAGCAAAUCAAAGUGCAUUAGGAUUAUUAGCAAGAGUUCGAAAAGUG